UAUUUUUCUGGUUAUGCCAAACAACAACAGUAAGUUCUAUGUAGGUAGACCUAGGCCUUGAUGUUUGGUUUCAUUAAAUUUGACAAUUUUAGGCCUAGUAGGUAGAGGUACUGGUUUCAAAUAAUACAAAUUAUUUCUACCGUAAUAAGAUCUGGGAAUAAGACGCAAGGCUUUGUGAAAAAAAAAAAAUAGUAGAUAUAAGGUCUGUGAUGUUACGGAGGCCAGGCUAGGCCUUGGGAGUGGCCUUCUGAGUACUGACGUCAGUGUUAGAUUUGAUCUUCUCAAGCUCAGGAUUUAAACAAACGGGUCAGAAAAAAAACCAAAGAAAUCAGAGUAUACAGGACAUUAAAAGUGGAAUAAAAAAAGAAACUAAAGGAAGAAUGUCAUUUAAUAGAGGAACACGCGAGCAUUUCGAAGAUUACAGUGAUGAUUUAGAAGAAAAUGAUCAUGAAAUAAUGCAACAAAAAGAUCAUGACGAUAUCAUUAAAAAGUUAGAAAUUGUUUUGAAAGAAAAGAAUGAGACAAUUACGCUUCUGAGAAACGACAUUAAGAAAACAGACGACUUACCAGGUAUACAACACAUAAACAGACAUCAUGAGAAAGUAGAAAUUCCAAAUGAACUAACAGAGGAGGAGGAGAAGAAGGAUGACAAGUUCAUACAAGCUGUGAAAGGAGAGUUUGACAGGAUGGACGAAGAAUUGCUUGAGUUGAAAAAUAAAUGUAAAGAAAUGAAAGACAAAAUAAAAGACAUGGAAGAUGAGAAAAAGAUAACUGAAGAAGAUAAGGGGAAAAUGGCUGCGAAAAUAAAUGAUCUACAUAAAGAUUUUAAAAAAAAUACAGAAAAGUUACAAGUUUUAGAACAAGAAAAAGACGACCAAGAUGACAUUAUUAGGGAGUUAAAUGAGAAGAUAGAUGCUAGUAACCGGGAAAGGGUGCAUUUUGCUAGAAUGAUACAUCAAGAAAGGCAGCAAAAUGAGCAAAUUAAAAAAAUAAUGAAGACUAAAGAUGAAAGAAAUAGUCGAUUGUCAGAAGAAGUGAAGAAUAAAACUGCUGAAUUAGAUAGAAAUAAAAGGCAGCGAAAUGAGCAAUUGAGGGAAAUUAAGGAAAUGAUGGAGACUAAAAAUGUCACAAUUAGUCAAUUGUGGGAAGAUGUGAAGAACAAAGAAGAUGAACUUAAGACCGCUUACACUCUAUUUUAUAUCACAAUCCUUGCAAUUAUGUUAUAUUUUAUAUAUAUAGUUAGUUCUCGUUUUGAUUUGAGAGUUUAUAUAUAGUAUUAUAUUUUGCUACAUUCAGCUUUUCAGCAUAACAUACAUGUACAUACAUACACACGCACGUGAUACAUACAUAUACAAGUAUAAGGUACCAGAUUGUAUGGGCAGAAUGUAA